AUGAAGGCGGCGCAAUGUUCCAAGAUAUUGACCCUGGUCGUGCUCUGUACCUUGGGCGCGGCAGAGUAUGUCAACGAGCCACGCGCGGCCCCUGAUGCGCCCAACGGCUACGCGCCAGCCUCAGUGGCAUGUCCAAAUCCUCGUCCGACCAUCCGCGCAGGGUCGAGUUUGUCGAAACAGGAGAAGGCCUGGCUGCCUCUCCGCGACAAUGAGACUGCGCCUGCGCUUCAAUCUCUGCUCGGACGAUUCAACAUCAGCGGCUUCGAUGCCACCACGUACAUCAACACAAUUGUGGACGAAAUCAAGGCAGGAAAUAAAAGCGCGCUGCUCCCUAGAGUCGCCGUGGCAGUCUCAGGCGGUGGCUAUCGGGCACUCAUGAAUGGCGCCGGUGCCCUUGCGGCAUUCGACAACCGCACCACCAAUUCGACGGGGCAAGGGCAGCUUGGUGGCUUGUUACAGGCGACUACAUAUCUGAGUGGACUGUCCGGAGGGAGCUGGCUCGUCGGCAGCUUAUAUGUUCAGAACUUUACCACCGUAGAGUCCAUUAUCUCGUCGACGAGCGGAUUUCUGAGCACGCUCUGGCAAUUUGGCGACUCCAUUCUCCAAGGGCCUGCUGGCCUUCGCCCUGGGCAGUACUACAACGCGCUCUAUCAGACGGUCAAUGACAAGGUCGAUGCCGGCUUUAAUACCACAAUCACCGACUACUGGGGGAGGGCAUUGUCGUAUCAACUUGUGAAUGCGAGCGACGGCGGACCGGCAUAUACAUUCUCGUCAAUUGCAAACGACACCGACUUCGCCCGGGCGCUUGCCCCCAUGCCACUCAUUGUCGCACUCGAGAGGGCCCCUGGACAGCUACAAGUCCCCGCAAACGCCACCGUUUUCGAGUUUAAUCCUUGGGAAAUGGGCUCCUACGACGCUGGAGCGGCAGCCUUUGCUCCGUUGAAGUACGUUGCGAGCAAUUUUAGCAAAGGGUCAAUCCCCCGACAGGGCGAGUGCAUCGCUGGACUGGACAACGCCGGCUUCGUCAUGGGAACCUCGUCGUCUCUCUUUAACCAGGCUUUCUUGCAGAUAGGGAAGGCAUCGGGAGUGCCUGACUUGCUAACUGGAGUCCUCAACCGCACUCUGGCAAACAUUGGCGAAAACAACGCAGACAUUGCCAGCUGGCCGAACCCCUUCUAUAACUACAACCCUGGAAACAACAUCAACGCCGAAGCUGAUCUUCUCACAUUGGUCGACGGCGGGGAAGCACUGGAGAACAUACCUAUACACCCUCUCCUCCUUGAAGAUCGAUAUGUCGAUGCCAUAUUCGCUGUUGACGGCUCUGCCGACACCAUGACCUACUGGCCUAACGGGACGGCAAUGGUGGCCACGUUCAACAAGUCCAUCAGUGGCUUUUCUCCGAACACCAGUAGCGCUUUCCCUCCCGUUCCGGACCAGAAUACGUUCGUGAACCUCGGCCUCAACUCAAGGCCGACGUUCUUUGGGUGCGACAACACCUCAACGCCCCUGAUUGUCUAUCUGCCUAAUACCCCUUACACUACAUUCUCCAACGUGUCGACCUUUGACCUAUCGUACAACGACACGCAGCGCGACCAGAUUGUUCAGAACGGCUACAAUGUCGCCACAAUGGGUAAUGGGUCCAUCGACUCGAACUGGACUCAAUGUGUAGGAUGUGCGAUUCUGUCGCGCAGCUUUACGCGGACGGGUACCACAGUACCUUCAAAGUGCGUCGACUGUUUCGCGAAAUAUUGCUGGAACGGGACAACCAACUCUACUGAGCCAUCAGUGUUCCAACCCCAGCAGGUCAUUGUCGCGGGCGGCGUGGGGAGGGCGAUGCAGCCCAGUGUCCUGGCCAUGCCUGCGAUAAUUGUCCUAGCAACGGCUAUGAUGCUGCUCUAA